AUGCAAAAUGAUUCUACAUUAGCUGCUAUCAUUCCUGCCAACGACAGUCCUUGGGUCAUCUGGGAGCAUCCAGCUUCAGAGUCAAGACUUCACUCAUUUUUGAGCUACAGCGCUGACCGCUCCAUCUUCUCCAGCAUGGAACAUAUGGAGAAGAAGUCACCAGCUUGUUUUGAGCCCUCUACAUCGAAAGAUCGAAUACUUGUGAAAGAGAAACCGAGUCCUCUCCGAAUCAUCAAAAGAUGUCGUAGUAGAAAUGGGUACAGCGGGAAGAAUCCCAAGGACAGCUGCUUGCCAUCAUGUUUUGACGUUAGCCCGAUUAACAGCCCACCUGGGGCAUUAAUGUGGUCUGAAGAUGGGACUUUGAAGAUUCCAAGACGGCGGCCAAAGACUAUAAUCGAAGAGAAGUAUAUGAACGAUGCGGCACCAGAUUCACGUCGAUCUUCACAGAGGUCAAGCUUCGGCCACAGUACGGUGAUUAUGGACAACAAUGACAGCAUUAACGAGCAGGAUAAAAAGCAUCGAACCCCAUCUUUUUUUCGCUACCCAGUUAAGUUUACGACCUUUCGACGAAAGCGCCAUAGCGAUAAAGGCAAUUUUGAAAACGCAAAUGAAGAUGCCACCUUGUUGAGGUGUAUACCCCUAAAAGAGGGCAGUGUGCGACUUUACUCUUCCUCCCGAGCAAGCUCCAGAUGUACAAAUAAUGAUCCGAAGAAUACCUACUGCUCCAUGGACUCCUCUUUACUAUCAGACUCCUCACUGCCGGAGAAACCUGGUCUUGUAUUGUCUCCUUAUAUCCGCGUGGAAUCUGAGACGAUGGGAAUAUCCAAAGGUCAACAGCACCUCUGGGCCGCGGUCGAAGUAAGCGGCAGACUCUCCACGGCCAGCAAUGAGCCUGAGACUGAACCUCAGACCACGCCGUGUUUAGAUCAAGAUACUUGCUUGAGGUUCGGCUAUCUCUAUGAUCUCACAGUAGACAUACUACCCACGCCAAAGUCAUCUCUGCUUCAAAUCACUUGUCAACAGCAAUUUCCAAUCACCAUGUUUGCAGGAUCGAGUGUUCUGCUUCUCGUACAUGUAAUGUGCCAGUUGGGGAUAGGAUCUUCUUCUUCACUCUCCUUUGCACCGAAACAGCACAAGCAUAUCAGGCAAAGAUCAGACGAACUAAUGGAAGACCUCGAGCUGCAACUUGGAGAUUCUCUGAUGACUUACAUGAGUAUACGUGUGUCUUAUUCACACUCUGCAUUCCCUUCCAGGUCGACGUCGGUAGGGGCAGUUGAAAUGUCUUCGUUCCAUACCAAACUCAGUACGACUGCGGAAGCAGCCAUAACACCGCACAACGCGCUCUGUCCAUGGUCCCCUCAUCCAAGACCGGUCAAAAGUCAGUUAUUCCCACUGAUUGAACAUCACUGGGGUCCCCAAAAAGCAUCUGACGCGAUGCGACAAAUGUUGGCGCAACGCUCUGCACUAUCUCCAGAUCAUGAUAGAGCUCUAAGAGAGGGAUAUGAGCAGCAUAUGGCACGUGAGCCUCUGCAUCACCCUUAUACUCCAACAAUUUCUCCGAGGCAAACUAGCCUCCAAGGGACGCAGCAGAUGAGAGUAAAAUCGCGCCCUUCAAGUCACCCUCUGUCAGUGAAAAGGGUGUCGCAUGAUUGGGAAGUUGGAAGUAGGGGAGUAUCUGAUGGGAGAAUUCCUGAAAGAGUGAGAUCCCCAUAUGGCGACUGCAACGAGGAUGGAGAAGAUGACAAGAGCGGCAAGGGUCAAGGCCAGAAACAUGGAACUACAGGAGAUAAUGGGAAGAAGAACGCCAGUCUUUGGACUUGGGCAACAUGGUUUUAG